UAGAAGCCUUAAGAGGCGCAGCUUAGUUAUGCUCUGGAUAUGUCUUACUCAUGGAUAUAAACUAUAUAAAUCCCGCAGUCACCAAAAGUUUCCCAUUUCCAUCAACGAUUACGUUUUGUAGCUUCACGAGUCCAGUGACAGUUUCAAGGUUAUCGCAGAGUUAUCACAUUGAAAAGCAAUAUGGAAGAGCCCAUCGCCAUCAUUGGCACUAGCUGCCGCCUUCCCGGGGGUGUCAACUCGCCAAGCAAGCUUUGGGAGUUGUUGAAGCAUCCUGCUGAUCUUUCAUCGAAGAUACCAUCCAACCGAUUCAACCCUGAUGCGUUCUAUCACCCGAACCCAGAGCGUCCUGGUACAAGCAACGUUAAGAAAGCGUACCUUCUGAACGAAGAUCCUUUAGUCUUUGACAAUGACUUCUUCAAUAUCAGCAUCAGAGAGGCCGAAUCAAUGGACCCUCAACAGCGCAUCCUCUUGGAAAUAGUAUACGAGGCCAUUGAAGCUUCGGGAUAUACCAAAUCACAGCUGAAAGGGUCAUCAACGGGUGUGUUUGUCGGACAGAUGACGGAUGACUAUCGCGAUCUCCUAUUUCAUGAUUUUGACUGUCAUCCUUCGUACACGGGAACCGGGAUAGCUCGUUCGAUCCUGGCUAACCGUGUCUCCUACGCCUUUGAUUGGAAAGGGCCAUCCCUGAAUAUCGAUACCGCUUGCUCAUCUAGUCUUGUCGCAUUGCACCAAGCAGUUCAAUCAUUGAGGCGAGGAGAAUGCAGUAUGGCUGUCGUUGCUGGGGUAAACUUAGUAUUCGGUCCAGAAACUUUUAGUCAAUUAUCAAGUCUCCGUAUGCUGUCUCCAACAGGCAAUUGCCGAAUGUGGGAUACAAGCGCCGAUGGCUAUGCUCGAGGCGAGGGCUUUGUAGCCAUUGUACUUAAAACGCUCACCUCGGCAGAAGUCGACGGAGAUGACAUAGAGACUGUAAUUAAAAACACCGGCAUCAAUCAGGACGGCCAGUCGUCGGGUCUCACGGUUCCAAGCGCAGAUGCUCAAGCAGAGUUGAUUAGGCUCACAUAUAAGGGAUGUGGGCUUGACUGCCUCAACGAAAAUGAACGCUGUCAAUACUUCGAGGCUCAUGGCACAGGAACACAAGCUGGUGAUCCAAAGGAGGCCCAGGGAAUUAGCAUGGCCUUUUCCCCAGAUCGCUCUAACACAGGUUACAACGCCGAUGAUGCAGAAUUAUCCCGUGUCAAAGAGAUUGAAAAGCUUUAUGUUGGCUCGGUCAAAACAGUGAUUGGUCAUACGGAGGGAACGGCUGGUCUCGCUUCACUGCUCAAAGCUUCUCUCGUAGUGAAACACGGCAUCAUAACCCCAAACUUACACUUCAACCGCCUGAACCCAAACAUAGAGCCUUAUUACCACGGUCUCGAAGUGCCCGUGAGCCCAAAGAACUGGCCCACACUCCCCCUGGGCGCACCUAGGAGGGCUAGUGUUAACAGUUUCGGAUUUGGUGGAACAAACGCCCAUGCUAUCCUGGAAAGCUAUGAACUCCAGAACCAUUCCCCGAAAAUUCAAACGUGUUCUCGUGCUUGGGGGCCUUUUGUCUUAUCUGCCAACUCCAAACCAGCACUCAGGUCUGUCGUUGUCUCACUAUUAAAGACACUGAAAAGCCGGACCAAGGUUGAUCUAUCGCGGUUGGCAUGGACUUUGCAAACUCACCGGACAAAGUUCAAACAUCGCGUCUCGGUGUCAGCAACUGAUAAAGAGCAGCUUAUUGCCAGACUAGAGUUAGUCACCGCAAAUAUCGACCAAUGUCAAAUAACUGCAAAUCUGCCAACAAACCCCACUGUUCGUGUGUUGGGCAUUUUCACAGGACAGGGUGCUCAAUGGGCAUCAAUGGGAGCAAGCCUGGUUCGGAACUCGGCUUCAUCCAGGAGAACUUUCGAAGGGCUUGACUCGGUUCUCCAAGCUCUGCACCAUGGCCCGACUUGGUCGCUUGUAGGCGAAUUGCUUCGCCAAGAUGAUGCAGUGGCUACAUUGUCUGCCGAAGUCUCACAACCCCUCUGCACUGCUAUUCAAAUAGCUCUGGUAGACUUGCUUCGGGCAUGUGGAAUUUUGUUUACCGCUGUCAUUGGUCACUCUUCAGGCGAGAUCGCAGCAGCAUACGCGGCGGGUGUUCUUACGGCCUCAGAUGCAAUCACUAUUGCGUAUCUCAGAGGAUACCACUGCGGCAAACACAAUAAAGAAAACUGCGGUAGAAUGAUGGCGGUGGGUAUGUCACCAGAAGAAGCACGACAAUUUUGUCAACAACAAUGCUUCAUGGGACGCCUGGUAGUAGCAGCAGAGAAUUCAAUAUCCAGCGUGACUUUAUCUGGAGAUGCUGAAGCUAUUGAACGUGCUAAAGACGUUCUAGACAAUAAGAAAGUAUUUAAUAGAAUACUGAAAACCGAUACGGCGUAUCAUUCGCACCAUAUGAGGCCUGUUCGCGAGCCGUACAGUACUUCUCUCAAUGAAGCUGGUAUCAAAGCGAUACGAAAUUGUUUUAAGGGCACAUGUAACUGGUAUUCAACAGUAUACGACCCUAAAGACAGCGAUACCACGAUCUCACCUGCAUCUUUUGAUGGGUUAUACUGGACUGAGAAUUUAGUUAAGCCCGUGAUGUUCUCUCCGGCAAUUAUUUCUGCUCUCGAAGGGAACACCUUCGACAUUGCACUUGAAAUCGGACCGCACCCAGCCCUCCGAGGCCCAGCAAUGGAAACCAUUCGAGCAUUCUUGGGCAAUGAUCUGCCUUAUGUAGGAGUAAUGGAGAGAAACAAAGAUGCACUUGAGACCUUUUCUGCCGCAAUUGGCACGAUUUGGUGCCAUACUGAAGCACAGACUGCAGGAAUUGACUUUCCAGGAUUCAGAACCGCUUGUUCUGGAGUCGAUUGGGCAGUUCAGCGAGUGUAUAAGGAUCUACCACCUUAUCCGUGGGAUCACGAGCGACCGAUGAUCAGGGAAUCCAGGAAGACACAUCUUCGGAGAAGUCGCAAGUCCCCGCUCCAUGAAUUGCUUGGAUACCCAGUUUCAUGGUCGGAAAACGAGUGGCAUUGGCGAAAUAUCCUGCGUCUUGAUGACGUAUAUUGGCUUCAAUGUCACCAAUUCCAAAGACAGGCUUUGAUCCCUGCCUCCGCCUACAUAGUGAUGGCCAUAGAUGCUGCCCUCCAGACCCUGGGUAGUGAUCGACCUGUCAAGAUUCUCGAAUUACGAGAUGUGGUGAUUCACAAUGGCAUUGCAUUGGAAGCGAGCUCUUCUGCGAUUGAGCUCAAUUUCUCCAUCUCAAGAGUUGAGGAGAACGAAAGAGGUAGAACUGUCGAUUUCUCCUGUCGCUGUAGCAAUGCGGAUACGGCCUCUCCCGAAUUCAGCAAAGAGGUCGUGACUGGGCGAAUAUUAGUGCUAUUUGGCGCUAUAAAUGAAAACCUUCUACCAAGCAGAACAGUUCCCAACCUUCCUAUGACGGAUGUUGCGGUAGAUCGUUUCUAUCACUGGAUGGACAAGAUCGGCCUCCAGUAUUCUGGCCCCUUUGUCCUGGAAUCGAUCGAAAGACGUCUGAACCUUGCAUCAGUAAUAACAAAGCCAACAAGGACUGAUGACUACAUAGUUCAUCCGGGUACAUUGGACAGCGUCUUGCAGGGCCUGUAUGCAGCGUUUUCAUAUCCAGGUGAUGGGCGAUUCUGGACAACAUACCUUCCAAAAAGCUUUCAACUAAUUCGAUUCGACGUUGGCACUUAUUUUCAGGUGAGCAAUGACACAGAUUCGAGGCUCGUCGCAGACUGUUUUAUUACAGAUUCUUCCGCGCGGGAGAUCGGCGGCGAUAUCGAUGUGUUCCUCGCGGCAGAUGGUCACCCCGUUGUACAACUGCAGGGUGUCGUAUUGUCUUCACUUGAAAUGCCCAGCGCAGCGAAUGAUCGUACGGUGUUUUGGCAUACGAUAUGGAAACAAGAUAUAUCAUCAAUUGUUGGUCAAAAUACGGACCAGGAUCAGCUGGUUCCAUUGGUGGAUGAGGAUAGGUGGCCCGAGAAGUGCGAGAAAGUAGCUUGUUCCUACGUGAACCAGCUUCUUGGAAAAACCAAGCCUCAUGAGAUGAAAUCAACGGGAUGGUACUUCCCAUACCUCAUGGACCUGGCCUCCAAGUUGACUGACAAUGAGAGUGAGCCACCUUCAGACACUCGAUGUCCUCAUAAUAGGCACUCAAAGAACACAGAGUCGAUGGAUACCCUGGAGGGCGACCAAUCGUCUCGUCAAAUUGAUCUUGAGCUUGUCAACUAUGCAGGGUCGCGGAUUUCAAGCAUCUUUCAUGGCUCUGGGUUAUCAGCAGUAUGUCCCGAAACCGAAAAACUUAUUGAUCGAUUUUACACAGAGGGUGUAGGGGCUGCUGCAGUCAAGAACCACUUAGGCACAAUCGUCGACCACCUCGUACAUCGAUAUCCUAAAAUGAGCAUCCUCGAACUUACAGCUGGCGCGGGAAACUACACAAACGUGUUUCUAGAGCAUUUUAAAUCAAACUUCGAGGACUACUAUUUUACCGAUAGUGUGCCCGCUGGUUUCUCUGCCGCUCAAGCUCGCUUCGCUACGCACUACCCACCUCUAACAUUUCAAGCUCUUGAUAUAGAGCGGCCACCUACUGAUCAAGGAUUCGAGGCUCAUUCGUAUGAUGUUGUCAUUGCUAUUCGUAUUCUUAGCUCAACAAGUUCCAUCAAGGAUGCUUUGAACCAUUGCCGGCAACUCCUGCGACCUGGAGGUUAUUUAAUUCUACUGGAAAUGACCAACCCAACCGCACUGCGCAACCUUUUCCUGCUUCCACUUCUUCCGAGCUGGCGACUUGACCAAAAACAAUUCCCUAUUCUCACAGAGAGUCAGUGGGAUAGCAUCCUACGUGAGACCUCAUUUUCGGGCGUUGACGUUGUCUUCAGAGACUUCGAGCGAGAUUCUGCACAUGGCUUAUCUGUCAUGGUAAGCCAAGCAGCAAACGACCAGAUCUUGGCUUUGAAAGAUCCUUUGACCGCAAGUGAUAACAUGAUCUCUAUUGAUAAUCUGCUCAUAGUUGGCGGUCGCACUCUGAUAGUAUCUCAAAUGGCAAGCAAGAUAAGGUCUAUCUUACACACAUAUUCCGGAAAAAUAACCAUCAUACCAGAUCUGGGUGAUGCUUCAAACAUUCACUUAGAGCAGGGGACAGCCGUGAUAUGUCUAUGUGAUCUGGAAGAGCCCAUCUUCCGAAAGUUGGACCGACUGAGAAUCUCAGGCAUGCAGACUCUCUUUCGCGAGGCUCAGUACAUCUUAUGGGCCACUCGCGGUUGCCUAAACGACGAUCCUUACGCGAACAUAUCAGUCGGUAUUGGUCGCACUGCAUCCAGAGAACUGCCUCAUCUCCGGGCCAGAUUUGUCAAUUUCGAAAGUCUUGAUCAUAGUAAAGGAUGCACACAAGCCAAUGUGAUCGCAAAAUUGCUUUUACAGAUGGUGAUUCUAGAUCUGCCUUCUUGCAGUGACAUUCUUUGGUCGAACGAGACAGAAAUCUUUGUCAGUAAUGGCAUUCCUCUUAUCCCCAGAGUGCUACCACACCAGAACAUGAAUGAUCGGCUCAACUGUUCAAGGCGAGAGAUUAUGACAACUGUACCCAUUGAUUCAUUGUCUCAUUCUCUCUCCCUCAAUGAAAGCUCUCCCCUCGCAAUCUACAGGCCAGACCAUAUUACGAUCCUCUCAUCUUCGCUCGUCCAAUUCAAAAGUCCUGAUCAAGAUAAACCGUUUCAUAUGUGCAUUGCAUACAUAGUUGAUGAAGGACGGUACAGCUUGAUCUUCUCAGAGCGUGGCUCAAUGGUUAGCAAGGGGAAUGAUAGAUAUGCUCUCACUUGGCAUCAGGAGACAGACGCGGAUGAACUACUCUCUUCGAUCUUACUCAUCCUUCUAUGCGAAAAUUUCUUGUCAAACAGCACUGGGACAGUCUGGAUUCAUAAUGCAGAUCCUGGAGUAUGUGAAACUCUGUGUUUCGUUGCCAAUUGUAUGGGCGUGCCAAUCUUCCUGACGAAGGACAAUAUGGAUAUGAGUCCAGGGCUCGCCUCAAAGGCAAUUCAGCUUCAUCCAAGGGCUCCUACACGAGUGCUCAAAUCAUUAAUACCUCGAUCAAUCAAGCGAUUUAUCAACAUGGGGGCAAGCAACGGAACUAGUGCCACGGACUUUGCAUUGCAUUUCCCUUGGCAUGAGCUAGAAUUCCGGCCUGGCCUUCAUAACGUCUCUAUACAUGAACCGUACGCACUAACCAUCAAUGCAUCCAACUCAACAGUUUUGUCGAAAUAUUUUGCCCAAAAAUAUUUCCUGCAUGAUAUCGGAAUUCCGGUACAAAAGAAUAUCAUUCAAGCAGAUCAACUACAAAAUCAACAGAAGACAUCAGUUGCUACGAGCGUGGUAUCCUGGGCCGGCGUUGAAUCUAUUCACAUUCCACUGUCGGCUGCAACGGACGACCAUAUUUUUGGUCCGCAUAAAACGUAUCUCCUUGUUGGUCUUACUGGUGAGGUUGGGCUGUCUCUAUGUGAGUGGAUGAUUGAUCACGGUGCGCGACACAUUGCUCUUGCAUCUCGGAAUCCAGCAGUGCCACCGCAGAUAAUCACGCAUCUGGAAAUGAAAGGUGCAACAGUGCGUGUAUUCGCGCUUGAUGUUGCAAACAAGGACAAUCUUGGAAGUGUCUACCAAGAGAUUAUGUCUACAAUGCCACCAGUUGCAGGAGUAGCAAACGGUGCUUUAGUUGUACGUGAUCACCCUUUUGACGGCCUAUCACAUGACGACCUCAAGGCUGUUUUUGAACCCAAAGUUAUGGGAAGCAUCAAUCUCGACAAUUUAUUCUACUCUACGCCCUUGGACUUUUUCAUCCUCUUUUCGUCAAUGGCCAGUAUCUACGGCAAGCCUGGUCAGUCGAGUUACAAUGCCGCGAACCUGUUCAUGUCUACCCUUGCUGAGAAGAGGCGCAACAGAGGUCUUGCCGCAUCGACGCUGCACUUGGGUAUGAUGCUAGGACUAGGCCACAUACAUGGGCCGGCUGAAGCAAUGCUGGAAGCCAAAUUUCGCCAAGAAGACCUGAUGGCUAUCCCUGAGCCGGAAUUCCAUCGGAUAUUUGCCCAGGCAGUUCUCUCGGGCCGUCUUGAAUCCGGAUUGAGCCCACAAGUCAUUGCUGGUCUUGGUACAGAGGUCGAUACCGAGUGGCGAGCGCUACCUAUUUUCGCGCAUUGUCACUUGAAGCGAGACGAGAAGAAUAGCUCACACCACCAACGGAACAAACCAGACUCAGCUGAAAGCAUCCAAGUGACGAUAAAACACGCAAAUAAUCAGGAACAGGUUCUGGCGAUCUUAAAACGAGUGAUUGGGCGACGCAUCGAAUUGGCACUUGGCAUGACUGACAAUAGCCUAGAUGAGAACUCGGCUCUACUUAGCAUGGGGUUCGACUCCCUAGUUGCUGUCGAAAUUCGCUCUUGGCUUUUAAAGAUGUUGAAAGUCAACAUUCCAGUCCUUGUAUUUCUCAAUGGCUUAUCUUUACUCGACAUAUGCCAUGAGACUCUAAGUCAGCUAUCAGAAUCGUUGAAACCACGGGACAAUGAUCAAUAUGGCAACGACAAUGCCAACAAGGAGGGGAAUACCAACUCCUGUGCGAAGCCCAUUUUACCGGCUUUCGGGGAGACCACGACAGCAGAUGUUGCAAAAGGCUCUGCCACAAUAAAUCCAGAUGAUAGUCUUCAAACGCCUGUAGUCAUAUCAGCCCAGCAACAGAACGGAGAACAACCUAAGAAUAGCUUAAAGUAUGAGCGAAUUGGCCCCAUGUCGCACUCCCAAGCUCAACUGUACUUUCUACAUGAAUAUCUCCAAAACAACGCCUAUAAUAUUGCUUACUAUGGGACAUUUCACGGCCCCUUAAAUAUGUCCCGACUAAAAGGGGCUCUGCGGGUUGUUGGAAAGAGGCAUGAGGGAUUACGAAGUGCAUUCUUCACCGACAUGGUUACUUCUAGCCCUGUGCAAGCAGUUCUAAGCGACGCGCGCAUUACAUUUGAGCAGUCGACGGCUGAUGAGGGUAUUGAUAUGCAAAAUUCAAUCAGUCAAGUCAAGGAUUUCAAAUUUGACAUUGAGAAUGGAGUCGCAAUGAAAGUUUCAGUCAUUACACAUUCGUCAACCCGGCAUUCCAUAUUGUUUACUCAUCAUCACAUCGCGUUAGAUGGGCUAAGCUGGAAACUAUUCAUAUCUGAUCUCGCAAUGGCUUACUCCGGCGGAAUGCACACCAUGCGAGCUCCUCCUCAAAUGCAACAACCCAUUGAAAUGGCGACAAAACAGUUAGGCAUGUUUACACAUCAGAGUCUCGAGUCUGACCUGGCAUUUUGGAGAGCUAUUUACAAGACGAUACCUGACCCACUGCCGCUCUUCCCAUUCACCACACCCAACCAUGCCCGACCCUCAAGUCCGGAUUACAACGUCGCCAUCUCUAACGUGAGGAUUUCGAAAGACUUAACAAGGCGUAUUGAACAAGUUGCUUCUAAUAUCGGUGUCACCCAGCUACAGUUUUACCUUGCUACUUUCGUCAUGUUCCUCUCUCGAUGCCUGAACGUCAGAGACCUAGCCAUUGGACUCGUGGACGCAAAUCGACAUGAGGGAGAGGAUCUGGAUACCAUCGGAUACUUCCUCAACAUGCUUCCCAUAAGGAUGCAGCUUUCUCACUCUGAUUCGCUUAACCUGAUUGCGAGAAGGGCCCGGGACGCUGUGGUGGCCGCAAUGGCCCAUUCAUGUGCGCCUCUUGACGUGAUUAUCAACCACUUGAAACUUCCAAGAUCGACAAGCCACCAUCCACUUUUCCAAGUAGCCAUCAACUACAGCAAGUCACCGUUUGAUGAGACUAAGUUUGGUCGAGAUGGAAAGAUUGUUUGGGAUGGCGGCGUCCCGGGAGGUCACCCUUAUGACCUAAUGUUAAACAUUGGCGCAAUGCGGGAGUGGACAUUCAUAUCCCUAGUUGGGCAGCGUAGCUUGUACAAGGCGUCUGACGUGGCUCUUUUGCACAAGUGGUAUAUGCAUGCUCUAGAAAUUCUCGCGCAUGAUCCCUCCAUACGUCUAGAAAAUUGCCCUGUAUCGAAUCCAACUCACCUUGAGCAAGCGAGAAACCUUGGGCGCGGUAUGGACAUUGAUGUCAAAUGGAAGGGAACUAUCACAGAUCGUGUUGACGAAAUUGCCGCCAGUUUCGCAGCCUCUACUGCUGUCAUAGAUGAUCAAGGCCAUGCGUUCACAUAUUCACAGCUGGCCAGGCGAACAACUCAUGUGAAAGAACUCUUACAGAGUGUUGCGCCGCCGCUCGUUGCAGGAUCUCGCGUAGCUACGCUUCUAGAUCCCACAGCCGAUACUAUCAGUUGCAUACUUGCUGUUCUUGGCAUCGGACUGACAUGGAUUCCCCUUGACACACUGAAUCAUCAUCUGCGGAUUCGUGCGAUCGUCGAGCAAUGUCGGCCCCAAGUUCUUCUUUGCCACGGUUCGACAGCGCGUAUGGCCCAAGAGGUAGUGGCAAGCGCAGACUAUAUCCAUAUUCUCAAUAUAGACGACAUAACCCUUAAUGUUGACAUUCACAGCUGUCAAAAUGGCGACAAAAGUUCCUCUCUGCCAAACGGAAAUGGCGCACAUGCGCAGGCUAGCCACCCCGCAAUGAUCUUAUUCACGAGCGGCUCUACCGGCGUCCCUAAGGGUGUUAUGCUGUCACAUGAAGGCCUGAUGAAUCAAAUUUACGGAACUACGAUGUUUCUCAACCUUGGCGUGGAGACGACACUACAGCAAAGCCCCCUGGGGUUUGAUCUCAUGCUGGACCAAAUAUUCCUUGCCCUAUGCAGCGGAGGUACGGCCGUUAUAGUAGGCAAGAAUGGUCGAGGCGAUCCAGUACACAUAGCGAAUCUUAUGGUCAAACACAACGUUACUUUAACCCACUUCGUGCCGUCCGAAUAUUCAGUGCUAUUAAACUACGGUCACCAUAUACUGACGAAAACUUCUUCCUGGCGUUACGCCAUGUCUGGAGGAGAGCCCUUGAGGCCUAAUCUACUGAGAGCUUUCCGCCAUCUCGAUUGCCCAAACCUACAACUAAUCAAUGUGUAUGGGCCUGCUGAGAUAACGCUGGCUUGCGCAAGAGGCACAGUGCCCUACAGAGAUCCAAGCAGCGUGGGAGAUAUUGACAGCGAUUGGCUACUUCCAUCGCACAAUUAUUCCAUCGAUAUAGUUGAUGCUAACAUGAACCUUCUACCCGUCGGAUUUCCGGGAGAAAUUUGUAUCUCGGGACCAGGUGUUGGCCUCGGGUAUAUCGGCCGACCUAGAGAGUCUGAAUACAGCUUCGUGCAAAGAGAGUCAGCCGGACCAACACCAGGGAGCGUCCGUAUCUACCGUUCAGGUGAUAUGGGCAGACUUAUGCCUGAUGGGACUCUCAAGGUGCUUGGACGGAUUGGCAGCGAUAGCCAAGUGAAGAUAAACGGGUUUCGGGUCGAGCUAGACGAGGUUGCAAAUACUAUUCUACGCGUAGCUGACGAUGCCCUUGUCAGCGCCGCUACUUCUUGGCGCCCCAGCCAAUCCUCAGGAACGUUGGUGGCAUUUGUGGUGUUCGAGGCUAGAUUCACUAAGAACAGAUCUGAGUUUCUGGAAAGUCUUCGGGAAAAUCUUCCACUCCCCUCGUAUAUGAAGCCGAGAUUCAUCAUCCCCAUCACACAAAUUCCAAGUACAGUCAAUGGGAAGAUUGACCGGGGUGCCGUUGAUCAACUGGCAAUCCCAGACUUCAUAGAGUCUGCAGAGAGCAACUAUGUACCCCCCGUCUUCAGUUCGAGUGAACAUUCGAUGAAAGAGAUAUGGGAAGAGGUGUUGGCUGAUCAGAUAGCCCCUAUACCCGGCAGUAGCGGUAAGGGAUCGGUGAUUCAACCAUCAUCAGAUUUCUUUGCGGUUGGUGGGAGCUCAAUCCUCAUGAUCAAACUAAAAUCGCUGCUCCAAGCACACUUUGGAGUAACGGUGCCCAUGCCAGAAUUGUUUCGAUCUAGUACCCUGAGCACGAUGUCGACUCUCAUUACGGGCUUAACUCAAACGAAGCCUAAUGGCGCCAAUAUUCAAACGACAGAGGCGUUUUUACGAGCUGGGGUCGCUCAGCAGGUAAUGGACUGGGACCUCGAAAUUGCUAGCUUAGUUGAUGGACUUCCUAAACCACAGCCUCAUCUGCUCGUUUCCCGCGGAAAACCUUCCGAUGACACCCAAGGUUUGAUAAUCGUGCUAACUGGGGCGACUGGCUUUAUUGGAAAGCAUCUGCUCUGGCAUCUUGUUCAAAAUCCGAGAGUGGCGGAGGUGCAUUGCAUAGCAAUACGGCCAAACAACGAUGGGCAGCCCCGCCGACUACCACUCCAACACGAAAAAGUCUUCGAGUACGUCGGCGAUCUCUCAGACAUCAAUCUUGGACUCUCGGGUGCCGAAUUCAGCUUUCUAGUCGAGCACGCAGAUGCUAUUAUCCAUAAUGGUGCAGAUGUUUCGCUGUUAAAGACCUACUCGUCUCUUCGCCGUACGAACGUCAUAUCUACUCGCAGGCUCUGUGAGAUGGCCAUACCGCGAAAAAUCCCAAUGCAUUAUGUAUCCACAGCAUCUGUGGCGAAGGUCAUUGAACACAGUGCUGAGCACCCUCUCCUCGAAGUUGCGGCGGUCCCAGUGGACGCCACUUUAUUGAAUUCUGUCGAUGGCUACGCAGCCAGUAAGUGGGUUAGCGAAACCUUGUUGGAAAAACUCGCUGCACAUAAGGGACUGCCCACCUAUGUUCACCGGUUGGCACAUGUGGUUGGCGAAGACGCAUCUGAGCUGGACGUGGUGGGGAUGUUGACGAAGUAUUCGCUCAUUCUACGUGCGUUGCCUCGUAUUAAAGAAGAAUUCGUUACUGGCGUGUGGGAUUUCGUUGCCGUACGAGACGUGGCAAGUGACAUUGUCGAAAUGGUUAUAGAGUCCCAGGCAAGCAGAAUUGAGGGGACUGAGUCACUUGGAUUGUCAAGAGAGCAAGAUAUAGGCGUUCGCUUUGUGAACCAUUGCGGUGAUGCGAAGGUUCCGCACCGGGAGCUCGGAGAUUUCCUAGAAAAACUGGCCGGAGGACAGUUGAAAGACAUUGAUAUGAGGGACUGGGUAGAUGCUGCUAGUGAGAAGGGUCUUCAUCCUCUUGUUCGCGAGUUUUUUGUCGCGUUCGAAGAUGGGCGUGGAAAGCUUGUGUUGCCGGUUAUUGCGAGAAGUAAUUAGAUAGCCUCCAACGUCCGGCGCUUAAUGCGUGCCGCCAACAUGAUUGCUAUAGGAACGGUGGUUUUUCGAUCGUGAGCAGGAUUUGUACCUCGCGCAUUUCAAAUCGUAACGUGGCUCUAAUUCGUGCACCACAAGGCAACUUUACUAUGUACCUAGUCUCACCCAAGUAAUGAAAGGUAAUGGCACUCGAGUUCCUCAGUGCUGUAAGACCUCAGUACACCACCGCUAAUCUUACCUAUUCAGCGUGGUGGCAAAGCCCCUGUAAGGGCCAGAGCCUAAUGCCCUAAUGCCGAGUGGUCUCAGGGAGUACCCACAGUACUAUUUUAACUCGACCCGCUACGUGAAUCCCCGGACAGAUUCGAC